AUGGUGCGUAAUUUGGAACAGGUAUUAACGCUCAUGCUGGUGAGCUCAACAGCAGAUACUUGCGCAGGCAGCACGAAGCACUUAAAUGGUGUGCAAUGGCUGGCACUGGAUGCUUCACUUUGCAGGAGGCCUUGCACUCUCGAGCGUAAAGAGUGGAUGGCUAUGAUUUGGGAACGAUUGCUGUGCAUGAAUGCUCCUAUGCUGUCAACGGCGGUGUGCGAAGAUAUACUACAACGUACCCAAGCCAAAAGCCGUGGGGUCAACUGCCUCGCCGUCAUUUCAGACGUACAGUGCAACGACAGUACUAGCGCGACGUAUGCACAAUAUGCGUUAACGCCUAGAGGCACGAAGAAGACGGAAAGCGUGAAAAGCAGGUUCACCAUCUCGGUGUUAUUAGUUCUGUCAAAGGCCAGCCCUUCUGUUUUACAGCAGGCUUCUCUAGCGUUGCGAUCCCUCGCUGAUAUGGCCAGAGAGUCUUGCAUCAAUACUCCACUCGACGGAACCCCCAUGCAGCCAAUUGCGUCUCCACAGUUAGCGCUUGAUCCAGGGUCGAUGUUUCGGGUCAGCUCCUCCCGCAAGCAGGCGUAUUCACAGUAUUUGGCGGAGCUCCUCGGGAUGUGCAACUGUGACAACCGUGUGAUAAUCGUGGGCCUUGCAGUUUGCUUGCUCACCUCCGGAGAUGUGCUCGCUCUGCCUGAAGCGCCAUUUUACCUGCUGCGUAUGCCUCUCAAGGCAAAACUAUCUGCUGUUGCAUUUCAGCUUGUAUGCGAGCAGACAUGGAGGCUUACGCACAUGCAGGCCCCUUCUGUCAGCGCCGAUGACGUAGAUGGGAACCUAUCCCCGGCUAGGCCGGUGCCAGUAGGGGGUCGUAGGAGGCGGGAGGGUCUUGAGGAACUGGACCCCCUGCAGCAGGUGUCCGACUCUCUCACGGAGCAUGCAGAGGCGAAGAUACGCCUGCGCUCGCUUUGCCCUCAGCGGUGUUUUCUCUUCUCUGUAUGCCUCUAA